AGGGAUAUUACUAUAUUGGUCACGUUCUUGUUGCACUCGUACCGGUUACCUGAUUAGAGGAAUGCGCUGUAGCCUCCCGGACACGGAUCACUUCAACCAGUUGAGACACAGCCAUGGAGUUCAUGGAUAUUGUCGGAGAGCUACAAUCGCUCCCCGACCGCGUCCAUAUCCUAUGUCCCCGACAACACGAUGACGAUCACGCGCGAUAUGAUGAUGUUAGCCAGGUAGAUGAAUCAGGGAGGUCUGUUGCGGAGUUGGUGUCGGAGGCCAAUAAUCGCAAGGAGAAGUUUCUAUCAUGUAUGCGGAUAUUGGCGUACAAUCAAGAGGGGGUCGAGGAGUUGCAGAACUGGAUCUGGAGGAAGUUAGACGACUCGCUUGAAAAGUGCGACCUCUGCAUCAAGCAAUACUACACAGGGAAGAUAUGGCUCAUGGAACAGCUCAAAGAAAACUAUGAUGAUGAGGAUAUUGAGAAAUUCUCUCGAAUGCUUGACGAAUGGGAUAUCAAACGGAUUACAAAGAAUCUAACAUCUGCAACAGCCAAGUUAAAAGAAGUCCCGUCUCAGGAAAUUGGGCUUCAUGUGCUGGAUCGUGCGUCUUUACUAUCAAUAUUUGAAAGUCUGAGCUGUGACGCUAUGCUCCGUAAUGGCAGCCUUCUGCAGGAGUAUUUUGAUGAACCUUUCAGAUUAAUCCAGACAAAGCGCAGUCUAAAGGUGUCCGACUACAUUCCCGCCGUCACCCGUUUUCUGUUCGACCCAAACCAGAAUCGCAGCUUUUGGGCUAUCCACUCUUGGAUGCGUUAUUCCCGACCUCCAACUACCAUGGAGUUUGACUGGGCAGUCAAAGAAGGACUUCUUGAUGCACUGAGAACAGCAUCCCAGCAGCCAACGCAGGUAGCCGUCAUCCAGCGGCUGUGGCGUGGCAUGCAGCUCGUAGUAAGAAGGCUGGACAAGGACCAGAUUACCCAUCAUUUACGAGCUCUUGAGAUCGACCCCUGCCGUCUCUCCGUGGACCACCUCGGUAUACAAUCUCCCGGGCUGCGCUUCCUCCUGAACACCAUCCAGAUUUUUCUGGAAAAGGCUCCAGGCGAUUUUUGGGAUGCGAUGCAGACGAUAUCUCCUCAAGCUUUAAUCGAACUUGUGUUCUAUAACCCUCAGUUGGAUGCCUUUUUGAUGCAAGCUACUGAGGGUGAGCCAUUCGAGAAAUCCGCUAUGAAGGAUAUGCUGUCGUGGAUUAGUCCGUUUAUGUCGUCACUCAAAGGUGCCCACCAACCCUCAGCUUGCAGAUCCCUUGUUCAACAGCUUCUUGUCCGAUUGCAAGAUGUGCGGUUUCCGAAUCUCGCCCGUUAUCAUUGCUUCAAUACUGGGCUGGCAAUAUUACUUCAUACUCUUCGCAGCUUUACUGACCACGAGUCAUCAAGAGGCUCUGUGGAGCGUGUCGUUCUGUCAGAAACUCUGGGUGUCGUAAGUGCGAAUAUUGAAACAAUCCUCAAACCUCCCCAGUUUGCAGUGGAGCAGGGUCGUCAGCGCGAGAUAGCUUCUCUGUGUAUGGAUGUCAUUCGCAACACGCUUGCACUUGAAUGUCAGUCUCUCAAAAGUGAUUAUGAAGUCAUACUCCGACACAACACACUUCAACAUGGCGUGAGUACCUACUCCGCUACGAUCUGGGAUGCAGUCGUCAAACAUCUGCAUGAAGAUAACUUGGCCCUUUCAACGUCAGCCCUGCUCGGAAUUUUACCGCUAGUCGGCCUGGAGAAGUUCCCUACAAAGGGAGAGUCUAGUCCAGAAAAGACACACUUCAAUGUUAUCUAUGGACACCUGACUCACCUUUCCUGCCAAAUCAUCGAACGCCUUGCGGAUUUCAGACCCGAGCACCUUGACGAGCUUUUCAAGAGUCAAGAUACUAGUAGUGCUCUGAUUUCGGCUCUUUUUGCAGCCGACCUGAAUACCUAUCAAUCUGCCGUUGAUCUAAUCAAGAAUGUUAGCGGCCAGUCCGCUCGAAGGGAUGCGAUUUCACAUCUGCUGCAGUCAUUCUUCAUUACAACCAUGUAUGGGCUAAGCUGGUCUUUCCGAAGAAUCUCGAACAUGAAGACUUUUGCUUCUGCCCCGAGGAUGAUACACACAGGAACAGAUAUUGUGGAUAUCCUUUGUGACAGCCAAACUGGCAUGCUGAGAACGCGAAAGCUCGCUGACCGCAGGGAAGUCCUUUCACUCCAGAAACUUUGGGAGUAUCUGUGGCAAGCCUUGACUACAAUAUUCGAUGAAACGGAAUCGUGGCAUUUAAGAGGAAAUGACAAGGCCGUCAUGUUAGAAUUUUGCCGAGAUACCAUCCAGUUCGCCGAUCUUCUUUUCAGUCAGUAUGGGGUCUUUUUGAGCGCUGUCGUUGAUGCAGACCCCAACCAAGAGGGCUCUGCCCGUGAGAAUUUCCUCAAAUCUGCAACUACAACAAUGAGUGCGAUGGUGAAAUGGCUGCGGUUGAAAGAUGAAUACCUAGCAACAACCUUGGUCGGACUUGUGUCUAAGAUUCUACGGCGUUUAGGGGAACUAAGUGUAACAACUGUAAAGCAGGAUGCUUUAAGUUUCAUUGAGGGCGUGGCAGUUAAUUCUUCCAUCAAAACUAUAUUGACCCUUCGGGAAAAGGCAGAGCUUGUGCGGGCUCUGGAAGCCUACUAUAAGAAGCCUGUCGUUACCGCUUCGACCGCCAGCCUCAAAAAGCAAAGUAUGAUCACAGCUUUCACUAAACCAGCCGACCUCUCAGCCACUCCCAGUCCGCCCAAGCCUACCGACGAGUUUGAUGAUAGCGUCCCAGAUGAUGUCUUAUUACAGCUGUCUCGAUCAGUUGAGCUCAACAAAGAGAGGGUUGCAUCUGAGGCCAAGAAAAAAGCAGAUAAAGCAGCCAAGGCUCUUCCAGCGAUUCCCAGACCGUCUCCAGCUCCAUUAAGGCCAAAUGUCACCAUUCAAGCCUUCCGUGAAAAGCGUGAGAAGGAGAGGGAAGCCAAGAAAAAGCGUGAUAUGGCUGAGUUAGCACGACUGAAAAAGAGUCUUCCAGCGCUGGGUGUUGCUGAGCAAACAGCCGAACAGGGCUCUGGGCUUAGUGGAAUUGGAAUUAAAGGAAAAGACCAUACUCCUGCUGAGAGCAUGAUGGUUUCGUCCGGGUCAGAGUCUGAAUCAGAAAGCGAAGAUGAGCUCGACAAAGAACUCUUUGGCCCUAAAUCAAGGAAGCCCGAUGCUGUCAAGGCCUAUGAAGAAAGCAAGCGGAUGUCAUUGAAACAACAAGGUCCAGUCAAGAAAAUCAAGCAGCUGCGCUCUGCAAAAGAUAUGCGAGCACGCCUUGCGCCCGACCUUUCCUCUCUGCACCGUACAAUCCUUGCCUGGGACUUCUUUGCGAACGGUGAUCUUCCACCCAACUCUGGACGUACUGAUUAUACUCUCGUCUCAAACGCGUUCCGAGAGCCUACUGAGUAUCAAAGAACCUUUGAGCCGCUGCUGAUACUCGAGGCAUGGCAAGGGUUUCAAUCUUCAAAGGAGGAGGGUACAUUCAAGCCGUUUGAGGUCAAAGUUGCCACACGGCUGUCUGUAGAUUCAUUUGUCGAAGUCAGCACGGCUAUACCAGCUAUGGAGGCCAAGGAGUUUGGGCUGGGUGAAGCUGACAUUGUUCUGCUCUCCAAAGCAAGCUCACCGACCAUUGAUUCAUCCGCACCUCAUUGUUUGGCUAGAGUCUCUGGUAUCAAAAGGAAGAAGGGAACCGUCGAAAUUUCUUAUAGAGUCAACCCUGGAAAUCCGUUCAUCAAUUCUCUUGGACCUGGGGCCACAAUCUGGGGAGCAAGAAUCACAUCUUUAACACCGCUUGAGCGUGAAUACGGUGCUUUGAUGGCUUUGCAGUAUUAUGAUCUCUGUGAAGAGAUUGUCAAGGCGAAGCCAUCGCCGAUUCUAAGUUAUUCGGACGCCAGUCUCAAGUCCAUUGCAGACAAUUAUAACGUCAAUUCUGCCCAGGCAAAAGCAAUCAAAUCCGCACUGGAUAAUGAUGCUUUUACUUUGAUACAAGGACCACCCGGAUCGGGAAAGACAAAGACCAUUGUGGCGCUCGUGGGCGCCUUGUUAAGUAGCGUGCUCGGCAAUUCAGGCGUUGCCAUUGCACGGCCAGGGGGGAUGAACAACACCAACCCUAUUGGUGGGAGAACCACCACAUCUAAGAAACUACUUGUGUGUGCUCCCAGUAACGCUGCCGUUGAUGAGUUAGUCAUGAGAUUCAAGGAAGGUGUCAAGACGAUACAUGGUCGCCAGGAGAAGCUCUCUGUUAUUCGUUUGGGAAGAAGCGAUGCCAUCAACAGCAAUGUACUUGAUGUCACCUUGGAUGAGCUGGUCAACCAAAGAUUGAAUCAGUCUGCACGCAAGGAUCAUGGGGAGCGGGAUCUGCAGAAAAUUUACAUGGAGCACAAAGCUGCUGACACCGCUUUCAAAGAGACCCGUGCCAGGAUGGACCAGUGCAGGGCACAAGGGUUGCCUGUACCGGCAGAGUUGGAACGUGAAUUCGAUCUGUUGAAGAAGAAAAAGACGCAACUGAGCCAGGAGAUUGAUAGCGCCAGAGAUAAAAACCACUCAGCAGCCCGGGAUGCUGAACUGACCAGACGCCGCAUCCAGCAGGAGAUUAUCGAUGGUGCACAUGUUAUUUGUGCAACCCUUAGUGGAAGUGGUCACGAAAUGUUCCAGAACUUGAGCAUCGAGUUUGAAACAGUUGUGAUCGAUGAAGCAGCGCAAUCUAUCGAACUCAGCGCCCUGAUUCCAUUGAAAUACGGGUGCUCUAAAUGCAUCCUUGUCGGUGAUCCAAAACAAUUACCACCGACUGUUCUGUCAAAAGUUGCUUCGAAGUUUCAAUACGAGCAAAGUCUUUUCGUCAGAAUGCAAUCCAACCACCCUAGGGAUGUGCACUUGCUGGAUAUUCAAUACCGUAUGCAUCCUGAAAUCAGUGCAUUCCCGAGUGCUGCAUUUUACGAUGGCAAGCUACAGGAUGGCCCUAACAUGGCUCGACUUCGCACACGCCCCUGGCAUCAAAGUGAACUACUCAGCCCAUACCGCUUCUUCGACGUGCAAGGGCUUCACCAAAGUGCUGCGAAGGGCCACUCCUUGAUCAAUAUAGCAGAGCUUAGGGUGGCCAUGCAGCUGUACGAACGUCUGAUGACAGAUUUCCGCGCUUUUGAUUUCAACAGAAAGAUUGGUAUCAUUACGCCGUACAAGGGUCAAUUGAGAGAGCUGAAGACACAGUUUGCUGCCAAGUAUGGCAACGAAAUCUUCAACAAGAUCGAUUUCAACACUACAGAUGCUUUCCAGGGAAGAGAAAGCGAAGUGAUUAUUUUCUCUUGUGUUCGAGCUUCCAAUAAGGGCAUAGGUUUCCUGGCUGAUAUUCGCCGUAUGAACGUCGGUCUUACACGUGCCAAAUCAUCCCUUUGGGUUCUUGGAAAUUCGCAAUCUCUGGUCCAAGGCGAGUUUUGGGGUGGUUUAAUCAAAGACGCUCGCCGAAGGAAUGUAUAUACGGAUGGCGAUGUGCUCAAGAUCCUUCAGCGGCCACAGUUCACCGGGUAUCAGAACAUUGAAAUGCUGGAUGCAGACGCACAAGAGUCGGCUGUGCCAUCCAGGGCUACAUCGUCGGCACCUAUCUCCCGACAUUCAUCGGCAUCUGCGGACAAUUCUUCGUCCGUGUCAGUCUCCAGGAAAGACACUCCCCCAAUUCCUCCAGACGGCCCAUCGGGCGGUGCCAAUGGCCUGGAUGAAACCCGCACGUGCGGAUAUUGUGGAAGUUUUGCUCACAUGACGCACCACUGUGACAACAUUGAUGCAAAAGAGGCAACUAGAGGCACCUGCUACAGAUGUGGGGAGUCUGGGCAUACGCAGUUCUAUUGUUCGGUUCAACGAUGUGUGGAUUGCGGACAGAUCGGACAUGUCUCACGCGAAUGCCGAUCCACUAAGACACUGCCAAAACAUGAGAGGUCCAAAAUUGCGCGGGAAGAACACAAUCGUACACAAAAUCAAAAGCAAAGAACAGAACGUCAGCGACUCAGGCAGCUUGGAGGACACGACCCAAAGGUACCUAUCGUUCAGGCUACGCCAAGCGAUGAUAGCAAUGGCCCGGGAAAGCGGAAACGCAAAGAUUCGCCGCCAACAGAUGGUUCGAAGGCCUCGCGGCCGCGGAAUCAUAACCCAAACGCUCCACCAGCCGGAGCUCCCAAGGGUCCGCGGCGUAGAAUCGAUGCUAACAUUCCUUCAAAUACAGAGGGACUGGUAAGACCCUCACGGGACGGCCCAGCAUAUGCCCCUCUGGACAAGGACAAACCCUUCAACGACCCUCGACCAGGGCGUGGACCUGAGAGCCCGCACCCACGUUCUGGACCACCAAGACCCGGGAAUGGCGCUCGACCUCCCCCGAUGCGAAAGAAAAAAGAAGCCGAUCCAUUCAUUAGGCCAAAGCGGAGAUAGAUAGUGCGAUGCCUCAUGGCCGUUGGGCACAUCUUGCGACUUCGCUGUUUUCUGGGAGACUUAUCAUACACUGCAUGGGUCCAAUGACCCACAGCAUGACAUGUUGAUCCUUCACUUGCAUGCAUAUGAGCGAGCAUAGAAGGA